CGCGAUUGUACUAUCUUAGAGACCAAUGUUUUGACGCCACGUGUGGUGGUGCUGUUAGUGAUUCCAACUAGUCUCUGUUCGGAUUAGUGUUGUACUAUUAUGGUGUAUAUGUGACAGUAAAUUAUUUCCUCAAAAUUCAUAGGUUGUAGUCGAAAAUGAAUACGUUUAUUUUGUUUUUCGCUAGUUUAGCUAGUUUUAGUUUUGUUGAAUCUAUUAUGUUUCAACUUCAUCCCAAUACACAGAAGUGCCUUCGCGAAGAAUUAAAAAAAGAUGUUUUAAUAGUUGGAUCAUUUGAAAUUACUCAUGUUCCAGGGCAGAAAGUUGAUUAUGUUGUUACAGACUCAAAAAAUGAGAUUUUAGACCAGAACAUUGAUGCAGGAAAGGGGAAGUUUUCAUUUUCUACAGAGCAUGAAGAUAUUUUUGAAAUAUGUUUUAAGUCACGGGUUCCUCCACAUCAGAGGGGUGUUCCUCAAGAUGUUACUCUGAAUACACAACGUGGAGUUGAAGCAAAACCUUAUGAAGCUCUGGGAGAAGCUGGAAAGCUAAAACCAAUGGAACUUGAAUUGAAAAGACUUGAAGACUUAUCCUCAUCCAUUGUUCAAGAUUUUGCUGAUAUGAGACAGCGUGAAGUUUCAAUGAGAGAUACAAAUGAAUCAACUAACAACAGGGUUCUUUACUUGAGCAUCCUUAGUAUGAUAUGUCUUCUAAGUCUUUCUGUUUGGCAAGUUUUGUAUCUUAGAAAAUUUUUCAAGUCCAGGAAACUGAUUGAGUAAAUUAUGUUUUUGUUUGAUUUUGAUUUUUUUUUAUAGAGCAAAAAUUUCUUGUAAAUCCUACUUGUAAAUAUAAAAAAAUUGUUUCUAUACAUUAAGGGCAUCUACGUUUUUUAAAAUUAAAUAAACAGCUAAUUUGUAUUUUUUGACUUCAGUGUUUCAUUAUUCUCAUUAUAUUUUCAUUGAGUCAGGCAGUAUUUUGUUUCUGUCUUUUUGUCUGAUUUAAGGUUGGAAUUAAUUGAUUGAAGUAGCUUAAAUUUUAGUUAUAUUUUGAUAUUGUUGGAAAGAUAAAUUUAUGGGGGAAAUACAAUUGACUGUUAAAAAUUGUUUAUUUUUUUCUUCACACAACAUUACUUACAUUCACAUAAUAAAUAAGAUACAAAUAGAUGUCUUAUUUAAAUGAGUAAAGAUUUUUUUUUUAAAUCUGAAGUUUGUCAGGCAGUAUUUCGUUUUUUAUUGAAAGAGAGAAUUUUACUUUUCUUCUAAUACAAAGUAGGUAUGAAUUUAUUAAAGUAGGUUGAAUUGUAUUAAUAUUUUGUUAUUGUUAGAAAUAUAAUUUCUAGGUGAAAUAUCAUUUACUGUUAAUAAUUUGUUUUUAGUUUCUUCUCAGAACAUUAUGUUCAUAAUUAUAAAAGUAUAUAAUAUAUUUACUGUAUUUUGAAGCAUACAUAUGUAUAAACAUUCAAGCAAAUUUUCUAAUGAGUGAGGAUUUUUUCAAGUUUAGUUUAAAUAAAAAUGAUCAAUCAAUUAAAUUUCAAAUUUGCUCAAUUUUAAGUAUGAAUGAUCUGUCAUUAAAUAUUUGUAGAGUCUUCAAACAACUGCAAAUUGAGGUUUUUUCAAGGGUUUUUGUGGAAUUCAUCAGUGAAUAUUCUCUACUAAUGGUUUAUCUCCUCUAUUAAGUUGAUUUGAGGUAUUCCUGUGAUCGCUGUAUCUAUGAUAUAUUUAUAUAAAUUCUUUGUAUUUAUUUAUAACUUGUCUAUUGUAUUAUUUUUUUAUUUAAUAAAUUGUUGGAUAUUCUUAAAAUCCUCUGUAAAUAAUGAAAUUUUGACUUAAUAUAUGUAAUUAGUUUGUUAUAAUUUAACCUGUUGUCUAUUAUUUUCAAUGCGAUUGAUGUUGCUUGGUUGUAUGUAAUAAUAUUU